AAAAAAAAACAUUUUGUAGAGAACCCAAAGACACUGUUCAGAGCGUGAGUAACUAAGACAAGAUCUCACUCCCUCACUUACCCAUUACUAGGGUUUCAUUUUAAUGAUGUCUCACAUCAUUGAAAUCAUGUAAAGGAUCAUGUUGUGUUGAGCUGUGAUGAGAACACUUACAGGGAUGGAUUUUUCUUUGUGGGUUUUGUUUGAGUUUGAUUUCUAGUAAUGCUGACUCUAAUGGAAAUUGAGAAGAUCAAGUGAAGGGAGAUCUGAGGCGAAGCUGCAAUUGAGUGUUAUCUGGUCUACAUUGUUUAGGAACAAAGACAAUGGAGGACUCAACCUUGACAACUAUUGAAUUUCUUAGAGCUCGUUUGCUUUCGGAGAGAUCCGCAUCUAAAAUGGCAAAGCAAAAAGCAGAUGAAUUGGCAAAAAGAGUGGUCGAAUUGGAAGAACGGCUAAUAAGUGUGAGCCUUGAAAGGAAGAAAACUGAGAAGGAAACAGAAGAGGUUUUAACAAUUUUGGAAAAUAAUGGAAUUAGUGAUUUCAUGGAGGCACUGGAUUCGAGUUCGGAUGAGGAACAAAUACAAGUAGAAUCGGGACAGGAUACUACUAAUUCAUCCAGUGAAAGUUCCACAUUACCUAUUGGUAGAAGUUUAUCAUGGAAAAGCAAUAGUGGUAAUUCGAGUUCUGCUGAAAACAGAUGUGCGAAUCAAGCUAGGAGGAGGGAAGGCAGAUUUUUAUCUACUAGUGGGUCUUCUUCAAAGCCACGUUUAGGGAAAUCAUGUCGGCAAAUAAAGCGUAUGGAUUUGAGAUCACCAGCUGAUGACGUAGACGAUGAGUCUCCACGGCUCUAUUCUCCAGCAAAUGGAUUUGAUAAUGGGUCAGGAAGCAGCACUGGUCAUUAUGAAAACAGCUCUAAGAAUUCAGAAACAGGACUAAUUGAGAAUGUAGAAGAUUCUGUGAAAUGUUUAGGAUCAGAUUUGGUAGAAUAUCGAAGUGAAGGCACAUCCGCUAGCGUCAAUGUAAAUGAAAGUAGAAGUGAUGCAGGCCUGGAGAAUGAAUUAGGAGACCAGACCAAGCUCAUAGGUUGGUAUGGAGCAGAGGAGAUUGCGCAGAGAGAAUGGGAAGAGAAGUUCAGAGAAGAUGGUAGCUGUACUCCGGAUUCUCGUGAGCAUGGUGGGAAUCAAUCAGAUAUCACCGAAGAAAGAAAUGAGGUCGGAGCAAAGGAUGAAUCUUUGGACAUAAUCUCUUCUUAUGGUAAAGAAGCAAAGUCUGCGGCAGAAGAGGCUUACUACAGAAGAAAUCAAGAGAACUUGAAAACUGUCUCUAUACCUGCUACUCCAUGUCUUAACACAGGUUACCCAGAGAUUUUGCGUUCCAACUGUAUGCCUUUCAACAAAUCACUCACCAGUUUUCCUGAUUAUCCGUUCAAUAAUGAAGUAAUGGAUCUUGGAUCCACAGCAAUUGGUAACCAGAAAUACGAGGAAUGUCCAUCGUUUACAUCUUCGCGUGGGUCUUCCAGCGGCCGUCAAGUACAGAGAUGUGUUUCGUACUAUGAAGGUAAUAUUUCCAGAGAAGAAACUUUUAGAAGUGUUCAUAAUCGCCAACAGAAGGUUGAAGAAUGGUCAUCAUAUUCACCUCUGCGUGGGUCUUCCAGUGGCCAACAAGUGCAGAGAUCUGCAUCGUUUACUCAAGGGGAUACUUACAGAGGAAGAAGUUUGAGAAGUGUUCAAAAGCCCCAACAGAGGAAUCAAGAAAUGUCACCUUAUACAUCUCCCAGUGGGUCUUCCAGUGGCCGUCAAGUGCAGAGAUCUUCAUUCCAUGAUGGUGGGGAUAGUUUCAGAGAAGUAACUUCCAGAGACAGUCAAAAGUACAACCAGCCAAUGCAACUGUGUGGAACACCCACCAACUUGGGAUCUGUUUUGGACGAACUUCAGAGAGCAAAGUUAUCACUGAAGCAUGAACUCAUUAGAUCACCUUCACCAACCUUAGCUAUAUGUCCACCCCCAUUGCUGGGAUACACAGGAUCUUCUCCUUUUCCCGCACUUACCGUUGGAAAUUCAAUGGAGAUCGUCCCCCUAGGGUGUGAUUCUCUGUUUAGAGUGCCAACUGAUAUGCAUUCACUAGGUAAUAAUAGAACUCUUCGAGUCGGAUCGCCAGGACCAGCCCUACCCCUUGGCAAACUAGGCAAUUGCUCAGGGACUCAUUUUGUGACAGGGAGGAGGGCCUACAUCUAAGGUUAUAUUCAUUUGCUGAUGUAUCUUAGCAUCUAAGCCUGUGAGCCAUUUUGCUCUUUAUGAUUUUGUUCUACUAGUUCAAUAUGUACUUGGACAAGCUAAUUUGGAGUAAAUUUCUCAAGAGUGUAGGUGUACCCACUUUGUAGGUUGAGUUAAUCUGGAGGGUUAAAUUUAUUC